AUGAAGACGUUAAUAUCGGCGGAUGAUUUGGCAAAGGAUGUAGCUGGUGCUGAAGCCCAAGUAGAACGACAUGAGGAAUACACCGCUGAGAUAAAUUCUCGAGCCGACAGUUUCAAUACAUGCAUGCAAGAAGGUCAGGCAUUACUAAGUGUUGGCCUUCCCUGUAAUGGAGACAUAGCUGCUAAACUUUCCACCCUUGAAAGAGAGAGAGCCUCCCUGAUGCAGUUGUGUGAGGAAAGACGUGAACAGCUAGAACAGUGUAUGGGCCUUCAGUAUUUUUACCGCGACGCUGAACAGUCGGAAUCUUGGAUUGGUAAGCAAGAGGCCCUCUUAGAAAUAAAAGAUGUGGGAGACUCACUCGAUUCUGUCGAAGCACUCAUAAGGAAACAUGAAGACUUCGAAAAGUCGCUUCUAGCACAAGAAGAAAAGAUGCGACGACUUGAUGAAUUCGCUGCAAAAUCAAUCGAAUCAAACCACUAUGCGGCUGCACAGGUUCAUGAGAUUCAGAAAGGUCUUCAAAAUAGACGAAAUGCAUUAAAGGAGAAAGCUCAGAACCGCCGUCAGCGUCUUCAAGAUUCCCACCAUUACCAAAUGUUCGAUAGAGAUGCAGACGAAAUGCAGUCAUGGAUAUCAGGAAGACUUAAAAAUGCACUUGAUGAAAGUUACAAAGACUCCACGAAUUUGCAAACAAAGGUGCAGAAGCAUCAGAGUUUUGAGGUAGAAAUACAAGCGAACCAAUCCCGCGUUGAAGAUAUUAAAAAGACAGGUCAGGAUUUGUUAAAUGCAAACCACUACAACUCGCCAGAAAUAAAAGUAAAGAUUGAACAGUUGGAUGAAACUUGGUCUCAUCUCGUAAAUGCCAUGGGAGACAAGAAGAAAAAUUUAGAUCAAGCAAGUAGGCAACAACAGUUCGCUCGCAACUUGGAUGUCGAGUUAUGGUCGAAUGAUGUUGAAGCUCAGAUAGCCUCAGAGGAUGUCGGUCAUGAUCUAACCGGUGUGAUGAACGUACAAAAGCGACACAACUUGCUUGAAUUUGAUGUAGUUACUCAUCGUGAACGUAUAGAUACAUUCGAAGUCCAGGCUGACACGCUUGCUGCAGAAAGUCAUUUCGACGCUCCUAUUAUCCAAGAAGAACAAAGACAGUUAGCCCAACGUUACCAUGACCUGCAAAUCCCUCUAAGUCAACGUCGUGAGAAGUUAAGAGAUUCCCUUCCCUCAGACACAUCUUUGCAGCUUGAAUAUGGUGACUAUAGUGAGCUGAUGAAGUUACUAGUCGAUUGUUGUAAAGAUUUUAAAGCACAUUCGCUUAACCAAAUUGAAUCAGAAAUGUGUCAUCAGUAUGCUGAAAGCUUCACUACUAGCUCAGUAGCCACUCACAAAGAUGCCUUCAGGUUAUGGGUUAAAGAUAAGAACCCUGUUGUUGAAAAGUAUAUUGGGUUUAUAGAGUCAUACCGUGAUCCCUUUGGUGUUCGUGCAAGGUUUGAAUCAUUUGUCGCUGUUGUAAAUAGAUCAGUGUCUAAAAGAUUCCAACGACUUGUGAAUAAUGCUGAAAGGUUGUUAACAAGUUUACCAUGGCCUUCUACGUUUGAAAAAGUUAAUUUCUUACAGCCAGACUUUACUAGUUUAGAUGUAGUGACGUUUGCAAAUGCUGGAAUUCCUGUUGGAACUAAUGUUCCUAACUAUGAUGAUGUACGACAAGUUGAUGGAUUUAAAAAUGUUUCUUUGGAUGAUGUACUUAGUGUUCGUUUCAACGGUCCCAAAACAGAAUUUCUACGUAAUGAAGACAAACAGAUGUACGUGGAACGUGCUGAAAGUUCCUUUGAAUUACAAGUUGAACUUCAUGAACUGAUGGGAUAUAGUUCUGGUAAACUGUUUCGGCGUGCUUGUUAUGGAAAACGAAAUUUCCACACGAAAGCUACUGAAUAUGUCAUAAAUGCAUAUCCUGUAAAAGGUUGGUGUGAAGCAGGAGAAACGUAUGACAGCAAGUUUUCAAACCUUUCAUCUGCAAUAGACAAGUGUCAAGCCGAGUGCGUUGGAAUUUAUUUAUCUAAUUUACCUCUUGUUCUUGAGCAGUUCGGUCUGAAUACCAACUGUGCUCUAGGCAAUGUCUCAGAUGUAGUCUAUAUUAAUUGGUUGUCAAUGUCUCCUUCAGCUGUAACUUCCAUGGAGUUUUAUUCUGCAGGAGAAAAUGCUGAUGACAUUGGAUCAUGGCGUCAAGCACAUUAUUGUGCUCGUUAUGCGAUUCUGCGAGUUUUGAUUGAAGCUGACGAUUCUAUGGGACGUACGCAUAAAGUAGUCGGUGAGGACGAUGCAUCUGAUUUGUGUAUUUCCUUAGCUCCAAAAAGGCCCUUAACUGCGGCUCGUUCAGCAAUUGGUGAAUUCUUACGAAAAUUACAAUAUUACAAAGGUAAAGCGAAUGCUAUGUAUGGAUAUGCUUUCUCCCAACACUAUAGUCAACUACUUCCAGAAUAUUUGACUGAUUUGCUCUGGCAUAAAUGGCUACGUGGAUAUCUUCUGAUGCUGCAAACAAGAUCUAGGUGGUUGGAUAUAAAGCACAACCUACAACCUGAUGAUCUCGUCUUGGUUAACAGUGCUGACACACAGAGAGGUCUCUGGCGAAAGGCUAUAGUUAAGCAGAUGUACUAUGACCAAGAUGGCCACGUCAGGACACUGUGUUUGAAAACUUCAACUCAAGAAGUGGAACAAGAUAUAAGAAGCGUACGAAAGGUCAACGUGGUGGUCGUUCGCGGGGAGUGUUAA